AUGAAGAUAUUUAGUUGGAACGUUAGAGGAAUAAAUAGUUCUGGUCGUCAGAGAGUGGUCCGGGAUUGGCUUCAGAAUCUGGGGUCAUCAGUUGGAGCAUUGUUGGAAACUCAUGUACAGGAAGAGAAUCUUGUUUCAAUUUUGGGAGCAGUUGCUCCGGGUUGGAGGUAUGACAGCAAUUAUUCAGAAGCAGCAGGAGGUAGGAUCUGGCUUUUGUGGAGAUCAAAUUUGUCAGUAGUGGUGUACCUAAAGACAGAUCAGCUAAUUUUGUGUGGAGUUUUGGAUCCUGCGCCGGGUAACAGUUGCACACUUGGUUUCAUUUAUGCUAGAAAUAAUGAAUCGGAGAGAAGUUUGCUUUGGAGGGAUCUAGUCAUAGCAGCAAGCAAUUCGUUGGUGGCAGCUUCGCCUUUGCUCGUGCUUGGAGACUUUAAUCAAAUUCUCACGGCGGCAGAACACUUUUCAUUGCAACCCUACGAUCUCCCGGUGCGAGGGAUGGAGGAGUUUCAGAGGACUUUAGAGGACAGUAACCUUUCAGACUUGGAUAUCAGAGGGUCUUUUUUCACUUGGUCUAAUCACCGUCCGAAGGAUCCAAUUUUGAGGAAGUUGGAUAGAGUCCUUUGCAAUGAGAGGUGGAGGGAGAAGUAUCCGGAGGCUGUCUGCGUGUUUGAAGCUCCGGGAGACUCUGAUCAUUCGCCAGCAGUUAUGUCGUUCUCCUUUCUCCCGUUGACUAGAAAGUGUAGUUUCAAAUAUUUUUCUUUCAUCUCUUCACAUCCAAACUUUAUAGUGGAGAUGUUGAAGGCGUGGGAGGAAAGUAUUCCGGUGGGCUCCAAGUUGUUCUCUUUGGGACAGAGGUUGAAGAAAGCAAAAGCUACAUGUCGUAGACUGAAUAGAGAAGGGUUCGGUAAUAUUCAACAAAGAGCCAAGGAAGCUUUAGAGAACUUAAAGCUGAUCCAGCUAGAUUUGCUCUCCUCUCCAUCUGACUCUCUAUUCCGUCAAGAAUUUGUUGCGCGCAAGAAAUGA